CUAAAACCUUUCUGGUCUUGCCACAGAGUGAGCAUGCGGCAGCUUCUGUUUGUCACCGUGUUCUUCUGCUACCUUGUGCCCUCUACGCUGUGCAGCAACCUGGGCUGUCUCUACAGGCCCCUCAUGGAAAAUGACAUUAAAUUUCAGCCCCUCGCGACUGAAUGCCCUCGGAAUGAAGUGUGCUAUAAAGCGGAGGGUCGCUACGGUACCCAGAUCGGCCUGUCCUCAAGCGGCUGCAUGACCAGUAAGGUCUGCGGCCAGAAGCGCGAUGUCUUCUACCGCGGAGCCGUCUACACGUUGAGCUACUCCUGCUGCAACUGGGCAUAUUGCAACGCAUGUGGGGGCCUCUUUGCCAACACCUUUGUCAUCAUCAUCGUAACACUUGUGACUGUUGCUGAGGUGGUUGGAAGGUGAUGAACAUGAAGCCUUCAUGGUUAAGUGACGUUCCAGCAUGGAUUCAAGUGGUGGGACUAUUUUAACAAAUUGAGCUGUAGAUUUUUGAAAGUUUUUUUAACAGUUGAUUUUUAUAUGAGCAUUUCCAGGAAAUAAAAAUGUCAAACUGU